GAGAUAUAUAAGCAAAGAGGGAGAUGGAGUUCAGGUGCAAGGAAUUGAAGGUGGGGAAGUGCGAAGGCGAGAAGCAGGUGGAUGGGGAGACGCUGCCGCUGGUGCUGCAGCCGGCGAGCGAGGGCAAGAGCGACGUGAAGUCGCUGUUGGAGGUGUUGGAUAGGAACAAGGAGUGGUUCGACGAGAUGAUCACCAAGAACAGCGCGGUUCUGUUGAGGGGAUUCGACGUGGCCAACGCGGCCGAGUUCAACGACAUCGUCGAGACCCUCGGCUGGGAAGACAUCCGCUACGUGGGGCCCGCGCCCCGCACCCACAUCCACAAGCGUGUCUGGACGGCCAACGAGGGCCCCCUCUCGGAGUUCAUCUACUACCACCACGAGAUGGUCUUGAUCAAGGAAUUCCCGAAGAAGGUGAUACUCUUCUGUGAAGUUCCUUCGCCGGAAGGCGGGGAGACGCCUUUCGUGCCGAGUUUCCGCGUGACCGAGCGGAUGGUGGAGGAGUUCCCGGAGUUCGUGGAGGAGUUGGACAAGAAGGGGCUGAGGUACACCUUCACAGCUCUGAGCAGCGACAACAAGGCAUCAAUGAGGGGCCGCGGUUGGCAGGACGCCUUCGCCACCACCGACCCUGCAGAAGCCGAGAGAAGGGCGAGAGCACUAGGGAUGGACGUGGAAUGGCUGGCGGAUGGCGGGGUAAAGACGAUACUGGGGCCGAGGUGCUUGACGAGGGUGUUUGAGGGGAGGAAGGGGAGGAGGAUGUGGUUCAACACCAUGGUGGGGAUGCACGGCAAGGAGCUGAGCUCCGCCACCAUGGCCGACGGCACAGAGAUACCGGCCCAUGUGGUGAAGAGGUGUGAGGAGAUAAUAGAAGAGGAGAGCAUCCAGUUCAAGUGGCAAAAGGGUGAUGUGCUCUUCUUGGAUAAUUAUGCUACGCUGCAUGGUAGGAGGCCAGCACUUCCACCUAGAAAGGUUUUAGUUGCUACUUGCAAAUAAGAUGGACGCUAGCUUCUUACCAGAAUAAGCUGCAUGCUAUGCCCAUCAAAUUGUGUCCAACACACGAUUUCCCUAUUAAUUACAAAAUAAA